ACAUGAAUUCCUAGACAGAACUCUGCAAGCUCGGAUCGCUCGCAUUCAAUUUUCUUUCAUUUGAUCCCAGUUUGGAACCGUGCGAGCACUAAACGGGCCGACGUCAUUCUCAUCACUGACAUUGCCAACCGAACAAUAUUGCGCCUCUACGUGAGAUGCUUGAAGAAGAAGUUCAACUAAUACUGGCGCUGUCGCGCUCGUUUAAUAGCGUGGCACCCGUCCAAUUCAGCGCCAGUCCACCCAGACUCUCUGACUUGCGUUUGCUGCCAACUCCUGCCUUCCAUGUUAAUCCUUUUACCGAGUAUGUUUCCACACUCGCCUCCAGCACCGGAUCUUCUACCGUCUACGCAUAUGGGCGGAAACUCGAGGGCACUGUGCUCAUGGCAAGUCUCGCUUUGCUUCCCCAUUCCGGUAGGACGGUCUACUUUAAAAAGCUUGCGGGUGGGGCAUACCCUUAGCAACACCCCAAGCAAGCCAACUCUGCCUGACAAUGCUCUCUUUCCUCUCUCUUAUCCUAAUCGCUAGUAGCGCCAAUGCAUGGUUCAGACUCCCAUGCACGCUGCCGCUCGUUCAAGAGCGCCUUGACCCUAUCGAGCAGCCCGGCGUGAACCCCUCCCAACACGUCCAUACUGUACACGGCGGAUCCAACUUCGCGGCUAGCAGCACCUACCAGACCAUGCGCCAGUCUAAAUGCACUUCAUGUCAAGUAGGACAGGAUCUCUCCAACUACUGGUUCCCCAAGCUCUACUUCAGGGACCCACAGACAGGGCUAUUCGAAUCUGUCGCCAAUGGCGCAGGUCUCCUCAUCUACUACCAGAACCGCGGAAGCAUGGACGUCGCCAACGGCGGUCCUGGGCUCAAAGCCUUCCCCGAAGGGUUCAGGAUGAUCACCGGGGACCCGACGAAGCGUAGCUUCCCAUUUCCUCCUGGCUUGGGCACCCAGGCCGAGCUCGCGGAAAGUGCCAUCGCCUGGCUGUGCUUGCGCUACACGACGAGCAACCCCGACUAUGGAGGAACGGGCGGAUUUCCCACUACGGACUGUGAGGCCGGGUUCCAAUCUAGGUUGCAUUUCCCUGCGUGCUGGGACGGCGUGAAUGUGGACAGUACGGACCACAAAUCCCACGUCGCGUACCUAUCGCAGCUCGACAAUGGCGAUUGCCCCUCUACGCACCCCGUUGGCCUCAUGAAGCUCUUCUACGAGAUUACGUGGAAUAUCCACGACUUUGUCGGGAGAUGGAACGAGAGUGACGGAUGGCCGUUUGUCUAUCUGACGCUCGACCCGACGGGAUACGGAUGGCACGGCGACUUCCAGAAUGGAUGGGAUGUCGACGCUCUGCAAGAGGCGAUCGAUAACUGCAACAACCCCGAUAACGAUACUAUCAAUGGCGUAUUCACCGCUUGCUCUGUAUUCGAUAUCAUCAGCGCUGAUACCGCUAAUGAGUGCAGAAUCGCUUCGGUGGUCAAUGAGGAUACGGAGGGUACGCUCGCGAAGCUCCCUGGAUGCAACCCGCUGCAGUACGGUCCGGGGGAUGCGACCAUGUAUACAGAUGCAGAGUGCCCGUCCUGA